AUGCCUUCAGAAGAAAUACCUUCUUUUGUCAAAGCUAACCUCAAGCACUUGGUUCUAGCUGACAGUGACUUUGAUAAACCCGGUGACAUUGAUCUUUUGUUAGGCGCAGAUAUUUUCCAUAGCAUUUAUAAUGGUCAACGACUUGAAGUAGGCCCGGGUCUACCGGUAGCCCUACAUAGUGUAUUCGGCUGGGUUAUCACGGGCAGGCUCGACGCUGAGUGUUCGCCUCCAGCUGAAACGUCUACACUUUUGGCUUCCACAGCUGCCUUAGACAAUGUGGUCAAGCGAUUCUGGGAGGUAGAAGAGCCGCCUAAGCAAAAGAUUGUCAACCCGGAAAAUGAAAAAUGUGAACAGAUGUACACAGACCUCGUUCGACGCAACGAAGAUGGAAGAUAUGUAGUACCUAUGCUACUAAAGGAAGAACAUGAGCAGUUAGGAGACUCUCAUCGCACGGCCUUAUCCAGACUUCAUAAUUUGGAGAAACGGUUCCUUCAUCACGAAGACCUGAAACACGAUUAUGGAGAAUUUAUGCAAGAGGAUUAA